GUUCUUAAUGGCAUUUGUGACCGAGGCUUAAACCGGUGAACUCCACUACAUGGUUCAUCAGACACUGCACAAGCUGAUCGGAUUUAGAUGCACAAGAUGGCUGCGACCAAGCAACUAUCAGAUAGUCUGCAAUGUCCAAUAUGCACGGAGUUACUCAGCAAGCCGAAGCUUCUACCAUGCUCACAUUCCUUCUGCGGAAGUUGUUUAUACCAACUUCACUCUUUUAAAGGAUUCACUGUCACAAUAUCUUGCCCAGUGUGCCGUCAGGUUGCUCAUGUACCGAGGAAUAACGUGUGCAAUUUUCCGACUAAUCAAAUUGCAAAGUCUCUUGCCGAAGAUUUCAAAAAGCAAUCAGAUACGAAAGCAAGGAGUGGUAAAAGGCAUGGGGCAUGUAGUGGCCAACCUUGCACCGUUUGCGAUGGUGAUGAUCGAGACAUUGCCACCUACUACUGCCAGAACUGUUCAGAAUUUCUUUGCGAUCAUUGCUUACAACAGCAUAAGAAAUAUAAGCGGAAUACCUUACAUGAAGUGGUAAAAGCAAGAGACAUUCAGUCAGGGUUUGUCAAAAUGAAAUUCGCGUGUCCUGAACAUCCACAAGAAUUGCAGCAGUUCGUGUGUAUUACAUGUUUGGAUCGCAUCUGUUGUAGGUGUCUGGAAGUCACCCAUAGGGCUGACGGGCAUGAAGUCAUCGGGAUGACCGAAUAUGAAGAAAGUCAACAACAGACAUUUGAGUUUUUGCUGCAGAAAACAGAACAAAGAUCUGUGGUUAUUCAGAAUCGCUUAUCUUUUGUAAAGGAAAAGCUUCAAACGGUGAAAAAUAGUGUCAGUCAACGACAGCAAGAAAUUAAGAAUACAUACGAUGUUGCAGCUGAGCAAUUGCGAAGGAGGAAAUGUGAAUUGCUCGAUGAAUGUAAUACCUAUAGAAACACGUUUUGUCAUAAAUUGGAAGAUAUAAUCGACUGCCAUAAUGACUUUCUAGAAACUAUAUCUGACAAGGCUUCACUUGUAAACGAGGGAGUAAAAAGGCCACACCACCCAGACCUAUCAAUAUCUGAGCAUGCUGCGCGAGUUGAUGGCCUUGAAACCAUUCUCAAAGGAGGAGAAGAAGCCCUCUCCGCACUUAUUCCUUAGUCGACAUACAUAGCUCACCAAGCGAAGUUACUGACCUUCAACCGCGCUGCUACCACCAGUGCUCUUGAUCUUGGUAGGCUUCAUGUUAAGGAAUAAGAGCUUGAAGAAGAACCAGAGGGAUAAAGGAUAGAAAAGUAAGAUGUGUUUCUAUGAAUGAACAAAUCAAGUGGCCUUCUGUUCAGAGUUUGUCCCUGCCGUCUCGAGCAAGUGACAGGGCUCCUGUGUUCGCUAUCUUUGCAGGUCUCUUCAAACGACUGAAGCGUCUUGGAACUGAAAAGUCAGUGGCUGUUGAUCAUAUAUAAGUGUUUCAAAUUAUCUUGAACAAUUAACCAAAUAUUUGAACUAGUCACAAUACGGUUGUGAAUGAUUUGUAAAAUGGGGAAUGGGCCAGCAAGACAGACAGCCCACAAGACCUACAAUGUCAGUGGCAUUGUAGGGGAAUGGGGAACCGACAGCCCACAAGACAUUUAAUAUAACUGACAUGAUUAGUUGUCAGAAGGCAACUUUGCCUUCCUCUUUGGCUGUCCGUCUCAUAGGCUGUUGCCUACUAUUAUUUUGUCUACAAUAGUCUUUAUGGACACUCUUUUUUUUGACACAGUAUAUCAUGAAAUCAUAAUCAUACUAUUUGCAGAUGUACGAGUUUAUUAAUCACUUUAAAACAAUAAUUGUUGUAGGAACCUACGAGUAUGUGUUGAAGAAACAGCAAUCAUGGUUAUUCAUUAGGAGAAGAAGAAGUAGUAAAUUAAA